GCCACUGGCCAAAUCCCUAGCUAGGGUUUAUGCGGCAACCAUGCCGAGGAAGGGCAAGCGUCCGCCCAAGGCAUCAGCGGCAGCGCAGCCAGCGAGGUUCGGCAUCCAGCAUUUCUUCCAGCGCCAAGCAUCGCCCUCCUCGCAGCCGCAAGAGAUCGCGCUUCCGGUCAAGCAGGAGCAUGUCGACAAUGGUCAUAGGAAACGUGUCAAGCUGCCGCCUUCGGAGGUUUCGGCGUCGCCGCAGGGGUCUGAUGAUGGAAGCGACGAAAUCGUCUGGGAAGCCUCCCCCACUGCCGAGCGAUGGCAGGGCUUGAAGCUUGCUUUGCGCCCCUGUCAAUCAGGAAAGAAUGUGGGUAUAAGCAUCACCUCGCCUCGUCUCAAGCUGAAUGAUCCGAACAAGGAAAAUGUACCAAUCACACAGCCAACGAGCAAACAACAGCUGUUGAGAGUCCCGUCCCCAGCUCCACAAUGCAAGGCGCGCUCUGUUAUAAAACAUGGAUCUAAACGGCAAGGAAAGCGCAAGGUGCUGCUUGAUCUACUCGAUCAGGUUGAGCUUGUAAUUUCUGAUGACAAGAAAGCUCCUGGAAGUGAGCCUUGUGUGGUCCAACCGGCAAGUCACAUUCCAAAGAAUGACGAUGAACAGCACACUAACGUUUCUCGGAUCGCGGAGGACACUAAGCCGGAUAUUUAUUAUCUAGUUCUUGAAGUAACAGAAUCCGAGUAUCAAAAGGAACAUGGUCCUGGUUGCUAUCCUCAAAAGGUUUUGCGGCUGUUCGAUGAGAAAAAUGCGGUUGAGAAACUAGUUCACCUUCGUGAUGAAUGGAGUUCUAGUGUCAUACGACCUGGUGAUACUGUAAACAUAAUCGGAGACUUCGGGGCUGACAACAAGUGCAUAGUUGACCACAAAGCUAAUUUGCUUGUACUUCACCCAGAUGUGCUUGUUUCUGGAUCACGGGUAGGAUCAAGUUUCAGUUGUUCCAGAAGAGCUGUCUUGAACGAGAGGCUCAAGUCGUUCGAUAGUUCUAUGGCUGCAUUGCUAGGGACAAUGCUUCAUCGUCUCUUUCAGAAAGCGUUAACUGCUGAAAAACCAUCGCAUGACGAUUUGCAAGUUCAAGCCAAAAGGAUUGUUUUGGAUCAUAUAGAUGGUUUGUAUGCUCUAGCAGGGAAUGAAAAGGAAGCGCUCAUCAAGCUUGUUGACGCCAUUCCUCCACUAUUGGACUGGUUGCAAACCUACAGAAACCCCAAGGAAUCAUCUGAAGCUAAUAUUGACUUUGGUAUGGGGACUGGUGAACGCCGUGUCGCCAUUACAGAGGUUGUAGAUAUUGAGGAGAUGAUCUUGUCGCCGAAGUACGGGCUCAAAGGAAUGAUCGAUGCAUCGGUAAGAGUCGACGAGGAACACAUGCCCCUUGAGUUCAAAACGGGGAGAGCAACAACUGGUCAGGCUGGAGUAGAGCAUCGUGCCCAGGUUAUUUUAUACACGCUUUUGAUGUCCGACAGGUAUUCCCAAGACGUGAAUCAAGGAAUGCUGUAUUACCUGCAUACCAAACAGACUCUGGGCAUUCAGGCUCAACGUGCGGACGUUACAGGUCUUUUGAUGCGGCGGAACGAGCAUGCAUCUCAUCUGCUUCGUGCUUUGUCAACUCAGGCUUUACCGCCAAUGUUGCAGAGCUCGCACAUGUGCCGUGGAUGCCCGCUCCUUGACGUGUGCACUAUGUACCAUAAGUUGCAAGACGGUGGAACGGGAGAGUCCAGUGGGCUCGGGGAAGUUUUUGAUGCAUUCACUGCCCACCUAAAUCACAAGCAUGGGAAAUUUCUUCAGCAUUGGGAACAUUUGAUUGAUUUGGAAGCUCAAUUGCAUUUUUCCUCUCAAAGCGAAAUAUGGAGAACUUACGGUGGUCAGCGGGAAGAACGUAAUCGAUGUCUUUCGUCAAUGGUCAUAACAUCCUUCAAUGAUGACAAGGAAAGGCCUGGAAGCGUUAUUUAUCGUUUUCAAAAGGCAGCAUCAUCGAGUAAUCUACAAAAGGGUAACCAGGAACAAAUAUUCACAUUAGGAGAUUACGUGUUGUUGAGCACGGAAAGUGGUUUUUUCGCACUUGCCGGAGGUAUUGUCAGAAGUGUCAACCCUGACUGCGUUAUGGUCUCCGUAUCUCGUGCGCUAAGGUUGCCUGGAACUACCAAGGCAAACAGAAUAUUUCAUGAAGUGUGGCGACUAGAUAGGGAUGAUAGUAGUUCCUCUUUUGCUGUUAUGAGAUAUAAUGUGUUACAACUUUUUGUGAGAGAUGGGGCUAGGCGUUCCCGCGAACUUAUUGUCGAUCUUGAGGCACCGGUGUUCGACAAUUUUUUAAGAGUUAGCCAAGACCCUGCUUCAACUUAUGUUAAUACACUAACAAAUCUGAACAAAGACCAGCGCAGUGCUAUCGGGAAGAUAAUCUCAGCCAGAGACUACUGUCUAAUACUGGGAAUGCCUGGCACAGGAAAGACCUCAACAAUCGUCUAUGCGGUACGGGCUCUGCUCUUAAGAGGCUUGUCUAUUUUGUUGGCGUCGUACACGAACUCUGCUAUUGACAACAUACUUUUGAAACUGAAGUCCCAGGGCGUAGACUUCGUUCGUGUGGGUAGGCCAGAAACGAUUCAUCCCGAGCUUGUUCAACAUGCCAUAGGGACAAACGUGACAUCUGUCGACGAGCUGAGUUUGAAAAUAAGUCAAGCUCGAGUAGUUGGAGCGACUUGCCUUGGCAUAACGCACGCUUUAUUUUCCAGACGGAAGUUCGACGUCUGCAUCGUUGACGAGGCUGGACAGAUUACUUUACCUGUUUGUUUAGGACCGCUGCGGUAUGCACGAGCCUUCGUUCUUGUUGGUGAUCAUUAUCAGCUCCCUCCUCUUGUUCAGAGUGCGGAGGCUAGAGAAAAGGGAAUGGCUAUCAGCCUCUUUCGCAAGCUUUCCGAAGCGCACCCAUUUGCUGUUGCGGCUCUUGAAUUCCAGUAUCGUAUGUGCUCAGCCAUAAUGAACCUUUCGAAUGUUUUAAUUUAUGGCAAUCGUUUGAGAUGUGGAUCAACCGAAGUCGCCAACGCUCGGCUUUAUGUAGAUAUUUCAAAGGGAUUACCUCCAUGGACUCAACAGGUUUUAGAUUGCGCGCUAAGUGUACUUUUCCUGGACGUAGACAAUAUUAGCUCACAAGAUAGGCAUCAUGGUCACGCAAAGCACAACUCUGUCGAGUGUUCUGUAUUGAUUGAUAUACUCCAUAAUUUAAAGAAAGGUGGUGUGGAUACACGCUCCGUGGGGGUGAUCAGCCCUUACAAAGGCCAGGUAGAUUACAUCAGGCAACGGAUAAGUGACAAUGGUGCAGGCCUCGCGGACGUCGAAGUCCAUACUAUCGACAAAUACCAGGGAAAAGACAAGGAUUGCAUUCUAGUAUCGUUUGCGCUAUCCGAAGAUCAUCGAGUUUUAGGAUCCCUUCUAACAGACUGGCAUCGAAUCAAUGUUGCAAUAACCAGAGCCAAGAAAAAGCUUAUCAUGAUUGGCUCCAUGAAGGCACUUUCGUCAAUUCCAUUGCUUGGGCUUCUUAUUCAGCAGGUGCAGGACCAAGGCGGCCUAGUUAGGCUUCCUGAAGAUCCAUACAAGGUUGUAAUUUAGCAGCAGGAUGAGGCAAAGGAGUAAUCAUACCUAUUAUCCUAGACUGAAGAAAACGAUCACGAGCCAGAAGAUAUCGGCCACCAUGUCUCCAGUGCAGUAUGCCAUCUCAAGAAUCAAGUGAUGAUGAAUGUCAAAGGUGAGCUGGUUGUCACGCCACAGCCUCAUUGGAACUUGCUGAGGGAGGCCAAUCUCUACAAGUAAUGCUCUGAGCCAAACGGUCGUUCUUUGGCUGCAUGAGAGGCAGCCAAAUACUCCCUUUAGAGACUCAUAUGGAAAUUAGGCUCAUAAAAGAUAGAAAUCUAGACUUCUUAGAUUAUGCUA